AUCACACACUGGGGGCCCAGGAUCUGGAGCCACGCACUACCGGAAGCCGUGUCCGGAAUAAUAUUCAUCCGACAACCAGAGACCCCUCCAUUUUCGAUGGAUAUGUGCACGCCGGUAUACAGAUCAUUAGUUUGGCAAUUUUCUGUUGCAGAGUGGGAGGUGGGCCACGGCGGUUCCUCUCAAGGCAUGGAGGUGGAGGUUCGUGAGGAUGUUGUACCACCUCCGGAUUCCACCGCUCUACUGGUCAACAACACUCCACCAUAUCCCAUGGCAGAAGGAGGACCAGUAGUGAUAGUUCGUGCCGAAGAGGUUCUGCUCGUGGUCCUCGUCCUAAUGAUAUGGGUUGCAGCCAUAGCAUUGUUCUUCAAUCGAUGGGGGAAAAUACGAAUGCUGGAACCAUACCAACCUAAAUUCCAGCAAAGCCAUCGGCCUUCGUGUCCACUAGCACCCUUAUCACCACCUCAUAUCACACCGCAGCAACGGAUGUCAUUUUCCAAAUACAACGUGAACUGUUUCGCCGACACGUAUUCAGGCAUGCCAUCGCCAAACCCCACCAGAAGACCGAGGCUGAACUCAGUGUUCGUAGGUAGUUCCACAAUGGCCUUCCUGAAUCCACCUCGACGAGCGAAGAGCGCCAUGGACAUACAGCAUCUCGUUCUGAACGAGACGAGUCCGACGUCUCUAACCGGGUACCGUUCGAUGCUGCCCAUGAUCAAUUACAAGGACAGAAGGCCGUCCAUUACGAUCGAACGACCGCAGUGUCACGCGAAACACCGUCCUUCCAUAUCAACAGAAAGACCUCUGCUUUCCCACUACCAGCAAUUCCGAAAUCGCAGAUCUUCCUGUGCCGUCGACAGGAACAGGAACUUCAGCAGCGUCGACCAGCCUAAAAGGAAGGCAUCGAUCACGAUCGAAAGACCAUCGUGCAGCUACCAAGGACCGACGAUAAGCUUCGAAACAUCCAUGGACCAUCCGACUGUCAUAGUCGAGAAGGCCGAGAGGCCGAAGAUCUCCAGGAGCUUCGAGCAACCGACCAUCAUCGACAAGACGCAUCUCCUUCCGAGGAUGGCAGCUAGUUUGGACGUAAACGCGGUCACCUUCGAUCGCAGACCAUCGAUUCCCGAGGAGGAUGGAAGAUGCUCUCCUGUUAUCAUCACCUUGGAUGAAUCGGAGAUCACAGCGAACGCGCCACUCCUUGAACGACUGAAAAGCUCGGACGUGUGAUAAUCCCGUCUCUGAAAUAUAAAAUAUAUGAAACGAAACGAAAAUGAACCCAUAUCAUCCUUACAUUUCCGUUUUUCUUUUCUCAGCGACGGUAGGUUAACAACCUUUCUCUCGAUUCCUCCUUGCUCUCCCGAUACAUAAUGUGCUUUAUGUAAAUAUCUCAAAAAUGAAGAAAAAAAAAACGAUCGUCUCUUACACACAAAAAACAACAAUUAAGAAU